AGGAGAAACGGGGGCGGUGCGCGCGCGCCCGAGCCCGUGCUCGCGCCCGCCUGUCGGCGACAGACGCCGGGACAUUCGGAUCGCGAGAGGAGCCCGAUCGAGGUUGCAGGUAGAACCAUGGGGACCACCGAAGAGCUCAUGUCCCUCUUCGAGGUCAGCAACAACAAACUGAUGGAGUUUUUGCUCAACGUGGAGAACAGGGACCUGGUGUGGCUCCGGGAAAUCGAGCAGGAGGCCGUGAAGAUGUUCUCCAGUGACUUCAGAACUGAACCCGAGUUGAUGCCCAAAACCCCGUCGCAGAAGAACCGCCGGAAGAAGAAACGGUUCUCUGUGAUUCGGGAUGAAAACAGAGACCCAACCAGGAAAAGGUUGUCCAAAAAGAGAAACCGGAGGCAAAGUUCUGCCAGGCGCCGUCAGAGUAAAGAGGAGCUGAAUAAGCUCACCUUGGCGUUGGUGGGAGAGAACGCCCUUCCUCCCCGGGUGACCCGAUCCAAAGCCGCCUUGCUCCCCGAGUCGCCCCCGGUCCCGAAGCCGAAGAACCUCCUGCUGCCCUUCGUGGAGAUCAGCAACAGUGUCCGCAGGAGCGCCGAGCUGUACCUGAAGGCCCAGGCGCCCAGGCUAGAGGAGCCCUCCGGCGUCAUCGAGAUUGCGUCGGAAGACGAGGCGAGCCCUGAGACCGAGGGGAGCCAGAGACUCGAGUCGGUGACGGCGGCCUCCCCGCCGGGCCUCCCCGAGGUCCCGGAGAAGAAGGCGUCCGGGGAGGGACGGGCGGCCUCCAAGCUCAAGAUCGCCAAGGCGGGGCCGUCUCCCCCGCCGGCCGGGCCCGGGGUCCCCCCCGGCUGGGCGGCGGACGGUUGCCCCCGGUCCCCGGAGCGGGGCCGGGAUUCGGGGACCGGGCCCGCUCGGGACGACGGGGAGGACCCCCGGACGCCCACGGGCUCCAGGUCGGACCGGCGGUCCGUGCGGCGGAGCCUGGUGGGCCGCCCGUCCCGGGCCCGCCGCGGCAGGACCUCCCCGGCCGAGAAGCACUCGCUGGCUGCCAAGAGGGAGAGCGGGAUCCGCGGGUCCGUCGGCAGGUCCGCCGGCAAGAAGAAGGCCGCCCGGGAGUCGGCGGUCGCCAACCGCGUCGUCUGUCGCAGCUACUUAGAGAGGCUUCUGCACAAAGACGUGCCCACCACCCAAGUCGGGGCCGAAGAAGGGCCAGGGGAGGAACCCCGACCCGCCAAGGAGGCCGAGAAGGAGGACGCGGAGGGGACCCGGCGCACCUUGCGCUCUCGGAAUGCUAACAAGAUCGCCAUCGGCACCCCAGAGGCCCGGCUCGAGGCUAACGACAAAAAGGACUCGCCGGGCAGAAAGGAACAGCUCCAGGAGCCUCCUCAGAGCGUAAGGAGGAAGCGGAGCUAUAAGCAGGCUGUGGAUGACCUCUACGACGGCCAGCCCCCGGAGGACGACGAGCCUUCCCCUCCUAAGAGCAAGGCCCCAUCCCCGCCCUGCCUAGCCAGCAAGGUUGUGCGUCCCCACAAGACCUUCCUGCACACGGUGCAGAAGAACCAGCUGCUCAUGACUCCGACCUCGGUCAGCCGCGGCAGCGGCAUCAAGUCCUUCAUCAAACGCAACACCCCCCAGCGCGUGGACCCCAAGUGCAGCUUUGUCGAGAAGGAGCGCCAGCGGUUAGAGAACCUGAGGAAGAAGAACGAAGCCGAGGAGCAGAGAAAGCUGAAGGUGGAGGAGGAGAAGCGAAAGCGCCUGGAGGAGAUGAAACUGAAGCGCGAGGAGCGGCUACGCAAGGUGCUGCAGGCCCGAGAGCGGGUGGAGCAGUUGGAGGAGGAGAAGAAGAAGCGGAUUGAACAGAAAUUUGCCCAGAAUAACGAAAAGAACGAAAAAGCAAAGGAAGAACGGCAGGCUGAAGAGAAGGCCAAGAAAAAGGUAGCGGCCAAGAAGAUGGAAGAAGCCGAGGCCCGGAGGCGGCAGGAAGAGGAAGCCCGGAAACUGAAACGGCUGCAGCAGGAAGAGGAAGAACGCAGAUACCAGGAGCAGAAGAAGAGAGAGGAGGAGCAGGAGAAAGCGAGGAAGAUCGCAGAGGCCAAGAAACUGGCGGAGCAGCGGCAGGCGGAACUGGAGAGAGAGCGGGACCGGCAGCGGCAGCGGGAGCAGCAAUUGGCGACGGAGAGGGAGUUGGAACGCAGAAGAGAACAGGAGCGCAUCCAGGCGGAAAGGGAGCGGGAACGUCAGGAGAAAGAGAGGACCCUGAGACUGCAAAAAGAGCGUCUCCAGAAAGAACUGGAAGAGAAGAAGAAAAGGGAGGAGCAGCAGAGACUGGCUGAGCAGGAGCGGCAGGAGCAAGAGAGGAAGAGGAAGCUACGAGAAGAGCAAGAAAAGAAGGCCAAGGAGACAGAAGCAACAGCUGCUGCUGGCAACAGAGGACUGAACGUGACCGUGGAGGUGCAGUCUCCGGUGUGCAACUCCUACCAAAUGACCCCCCAGGGCCCAAAGGUCCCCAGGCUCCCCAAGAUCAAUCCGAAUAACUACGGGAUGGACCUGAACAGCGACGACUCCACGGACGACGAGAGCCACCCCCGCAAGCCCAUUCCCGCGUGGGCGAACGGGCACCUGCUCAGUCAGGCCGUCAUACGCCAGUAUUACCGCCCGCCAGACGUUGACCAGAUGUUUGGCUUCAUUUCCAACCCUAAGCUGGAGGACAUUUUCUACCAGAACAAACCGAGAUACCACAAACGCACAAGCUCUGCUGUUUGGCAUUCUCCCCCUCUGCAGGGCACCAGGUCGGCCCUGGGCCUGCCUUACGGCCUGAAGAAGUACUGAGGAGGAGAGGGCCCUCGUUAGCCUGUCGGUGUGUCUCUUUCUUCCUGUGGAUUUUUGUGUGUGAGAAGAAUUCUGUUGUAUAUAAAUUCUAACUUCUUUUAAUCUGUAGAUUAUUUUUUUUUUUUUUUAGUGGAGAAUAAAGGUUAGCUACAAAGUU